GGAUCACUCGCUUGCUUCCCCCAGCGACGAGUGACGCCUCUGGGUCCCCUUCUACUCCGAUCCCUAGCAUCGGAGACGCGAGGCGAUCUCCGACGAUCUUCUUCCAUUUAUCUGACAGGUUGAAACGCGAGGCCACUGCAGUGAACGCGGUGGAGGCGGUGAGGGAGUGAACCGCGGUGGCGUCUCGUCCUCUGCUGGAUACUGACCCAGGCGUGAACUCGUAGCCCUAGAUUUUACUAGGGUAGCCUGAUACUAUCCAUCUUCGACCCAACAAUGUGGAGGCUCAAGAUCGCGGAGGGUGGCAGCCCCUGGCUGCGGACCACCAACAAUCAUGUCGGAAGACAGGUGUGGGAGUUCGACCCGAACCUCGGCACGCCCGAGGAAAUCGAGGAGGUGGAGAGGGUACGUGAGGCUUUCCGCGAAAGCCGGUUCGAGAAGAAGCACAGCUCCGAUCUGCUUAUGCGGUUGCAGUUUGCAAAGGAGAAUCCACUUGACAUGGACGAUUCUAUAAUCAGGAUUCAAGAUGAUGAAAAUGUCACAGAAGCAACUCUGGAGACUGUCUUAAGAAAGGCCAUUAGCCGUAUAUCUACUCUCCAAGCACAUGAUGGACAUUGGGCUGGGGAUUAUGGUGGUCCAAUGUUUCUUAUGCCAGGAUUGAUAAUAACUUUACAUGUUACUGGAGCUCUAAAUACUGUUCUGACACCUGAACACCAGAAGGAGAUAUGUCGUUAUCUGUACAAUCAUCAGAACAGAGAUGGAGGGUGGGGCUUGCAUAUUGAGGGUGAUAGUACUAUGUUUGGUUCAGUGUUGACUUAUGUUAUUCUAAGGUUGCUUGGCCAAGGACCUGAUGAUGGAGAUGGGGCAAUGGAAAAAGGGAGAAAAUGGAUCUUAGACCAUGGCGCUGCAACUUGCAUAACAUCAUGGGGAAAGAUGUGGCUAUCGGUUCUUGGAGUGUUUGACUGGUCUGGUAACAAUCCUUUGCCACCAGAAAUGUGGUUAUUGCCAUACAUUCUACCAGUUCAUCCAGGACGAAUGUGGUGCCAUUGCCGGAUGGUUUACUUGCCCAUGUCAUAUAUAUAUGGGAAGAGGUUUACUGGUCCAAUUACACCCAUAGUCUUAUCAUUAAGAAAGGAGAUAUUCAAUUGCCCAUAUGAUCAGAUAGAUUGGAAUCAGGCUCGUAAUGAGUGUGCAAAGGAAGAUCUAUACUAUCCACAUCCAUUUAUACAAGACAUCCUUUGGGCAUCCCUUCAUAAAAUUGUUGAACCUAUUUUAAUGCAUUGGCCUGGUAGCUUGUUGAGAGAGAAGGCUAUUAGCACUGCUAUUCAGCAUAUCCAUUAUGAAGAUGAGAAUACUAGAUAUAUAUGCAUUGGUCCAGUUAACAAGGUACUUAAUAUGCUUUGCUGCUGGAUUGAAGACCCAAAUUCGGAGGCAUUUAAGUUACAUCUUCCACGAAUAUAUGAUUAUCUAUGGGUAGCUGAAGAUGGAAUGAAAAUGCAGGGUUAUAAUGGUAGCCAGUUGUGGGACACAGCUUUUACUGUUCAGGCAAUUAUGUCAAGUAAUCUUUCUGAGGAAUUUGGUGUAACUAUCAAGAAGGCUCACGAAUACAUUAAAUUUUCACAGGUCCUUGAAGAUUGCCCUGGUGAUCUUGAUUUUUGGUACCGCCACAUUUCCAAAGGUUCAUGGCCCUUUUCGACUGCAGAUCAUGGGUGGCCCAUCUCAGAUUGCACAUCAGAAGCACUUAAGGCAGCCCUCUUGUUAUCGAAGAUUUCUCCAGAAGUUGUUGGUGAUCCAAUUGAAGCAAGGAAGCUUUAUGAUGCUGUUAAUGUCAUCCUUUCACUAAUGAACAAAGAUGGUGGUUUUGCUACUUAUGAACUUACAAGAUCCUAUGCUUGGUUGGAGAUUAUUAAUCCCGCCGAAACAUUUGGAGACAUUGUUAUUGAUUAUCCGUACGUUGAAUGCACCUCAGCAGCAAUUCAGGCAUUGACAUCAUUUAAAAAGUUAUAUCCGGGCCACCGGCGAGGGGAGAUAGAUAAUUGCAUUAACAAAUCAGCAUGUUUUCUUGAAAAGAUUCAGAAAAAUGAUGGUUCAUGGUAUGGAUCUUGGGGUGUUUGCUUCACUUAUGCCACAUGGUUUGGAGUAAUGGGAUUGAUUUCUGCUGGAAGGACAUAUGAGAGAAGCUCUUGCAUUCGAAAGGCAUGCAAAUUUCUGUUAUCUAAACAACUAGCUUCUGGUGGUUGGGGAGAGAGUUACCUUUCAUGUCAAGAUAAGGUCUACACAAAUCUGGAGGGAAACAGGAUUCAUGCAGUGAAUACUGGCUGGGCAAUGCUUGCACUAAUUGCUGCUGGACAGGGUGAAAGAGAUCCAAAACCAUUGCACAAAGCAGCAAAGACAUUGAUAAAUAUGCAAAUGGAGAAUGGCGAGUUUCCCCAACAAGAGAUUAUGGGAGUUUUCAACAAAAACUGUAUGAUCAGCUAUUCAGCAUAUCGAAACAUAUUUCCUAUAUGGGCUCUUGGAGAAUAUCGCACUCGUGUCUUGUGCCCUAAGGAUCACUGAGUCUUUAAUCCUAUAAGAUUAUGAUAUAAAUAAUUGUGAUGAUAACUAGCAUCAUGUUGUAUAUCUGCAAUGUACCAAGUCUCUACUUGUGCUGAAAUUAUCGGAUGGAUUAUCAAAUCUUGGUUGGACGUUGUUUUUGCACCUAAAUAAUCUUUUACCUUGAUUUUGCUUGUCGAACAAA